AUGGCUUCAGAAACACCUUUGACGGAUGAUGAUAAACUGUUUGAAAAUAUCGAUGGUGAACAGCGUAUUACUGAAAUCGAGUCGUACUGUGUCAACUGUGGUCAAAAUGGCACUACCAGAUUGCUACUGACUGUAAUUCCUCAUUUUCGGGAAGUGGUGUUGAUGGCAUUCGAAUGUCCUCAUUGUUUUCUUCGUAACAAUGAGGUGCAGUCUGCAUCAACACUGGCCGAUUUUGGAAUUCAUCAGACUCUUAAAAUCAGCGGAAAGGUGGAUAUCAGUCGUCAGAUUGUCAAGUCCGAGUUUGCUACUAUUCGGUUUGAGGAGUUGGAUUUUGAGAUUCCUGCCCAAAAGGGUGUGCUGACAACUGUCGAAGGUCUACUGCAGUGUGCGGUGGAAGGUUUGCAGCAACAACAGGAUGUCCGCAAGGUUUCAGAUCCAAAAGCGUAUGAAAAAAUCAAUCAAGUUACAGAGACCAUGCAAUCAUAUAUGGAUCUCAAGCAGGAUUUCACCAUGGUUCUUGACGAUCCCUCUGGAAACAGUUACAUUGAGAACCCAGAAGCUCCAGCAAGCGAUCCUCAUAUGAAGACAACCGCAUACAAACGUACUCGUGAACAGCUGGAAGCCAUGGGAUACAACUAUGACGAGAAAGAAGAAGAACUUCCACUUAACGAGCAAGUUCAUGUUUUUCCUGGAAACUGCUCUCAUUGUCACAGUCCUUGUGAUACCAAGAUGCAUAUGCUUGACAUUCCUCAUUUUAAGGAAGUCAUUAUUAUGGCGACAAGCUGUGAAAAGUGUGGCUAUAAGAGCAAUGAAGUUAAAUCUGGUGGAGCAAUUUCUGAAAAGGGAAAAAAGAUUACUCUUGUCAUGACUGAUGUUGAAGAUUUGAGCCGUGACAUUUUAAAGUCGGAAACGUGCAGUCUUAAAAUUCCAGAAAUCGAUCUGGAGUUGUCCAUGGGAACGCUUGGUGGUCGGUUCACCACUGUUGAGGGACUUCUUGUUCAGGUUUACGAUGAACUCAAAGGUCGCGCUAGAUUCACAGCAGGAGAUUCUGCAGUCGAGGGCAGCAAGACCCGAUUUGAAUUGUUUCUAGAGAAACUAGAGGGUGUGGUGAAGAUGAAACAGGGACCAGUCACUCUCAUAUUGGAUGAUCCUCUUGCCAAUUCGCAUUUACAGAAUCCAUAUGCACCAGAUGAGGAUCCCAACAUGAAGAUUGAGAUAUACGAUCGCACAUGGGAGCAAAACGAAGCUUUUGGACUGAAUGAUAUGAAGGUGGAGAAUUAUGAGACUACCGAGGAACCUAUACAAGAUGAGGAUAACAAGGCGGCCGAGGUUGGAGUGACGACUGUUUAA